GGGGCCAGUAAGCGGUUUAACCUUCAGGUGCACACAGUCUGUUUCAUUCCACCACAUCGCCCGAGGCUCCUGCUCUGAAGAGGAGAAACUAUAUACCACCAUCAUGGCUGCCUGCAGUACUGACAGCUUUAAGGCAGCAGACCUUGUCACCCAGCUCUCACCCACUCCCAAAACGAAACCAGAUGUUGUUGACUUUGGGACGGUCUUCACCGACCACAUGCUGACCGUGGAAUGGAACGCCAACGAGGGCUGGCAGAGUCCCCUGAUCAGGCCCUUUGGAAACCUUUCCCUUCACCCAGCCUGUUCGGCACUGCAUUACGGCGUCCAGCUGUUUGAAGGCUUGAAGGUGUACCGAGGGGAUGACGGUCGCCUCCGCCUCUUCAGACCCAUAUUGAACAUGAGCCGUAUGGCAAAGUCUGCGGAGAGAGCUUGUCUACCUGCCUUUGAUCAGUCGGAGUUGCUGGAGUGCAUCAGGAGGCUGAUAGAAAUCGACCAGGACUGGGUGCCUCAUUCGGAUUCAGCCAGUCUGUAUGUCAGACCAACAUUUAUUGGCACUGAGCCGUCUCUGGGUGUCAAGAAGCCGGCACACGCCUUGCUUUACGUCAUUUUGUGUCACGCCGGCUCAUACUUCGACACCGAGGUGAGAGCCUUGUCCCUGUGGGCCGACCCGAAGUACACGCGGGCCUGGAAAGGCGGAACUGGAGACUGCAAGAUGGGAGGGAACUACGGAGGCACCCUGUUUGCACAGUACGAGGCCGGGAGCUGCGGCUGUCAGCAGGUGCUGUGGCUGUACGGAGAGGACCACCAGAUAACUGAAGCAGGAACCAUGAACAUCUUUCUGCACUGGAUCAAUGAGGAUGGAGAUGAGGAGCUUGCAACUCCACCACUAGAUGGCAUCAUUCUUCCAGGAGUGACUCGACAGAGCAUCCUGGAGCUUACCAAAAAAUGGGAGGAGUUCAAAGUGUCAGAGCGAUACGUCACGAUGGGCCAGCUGUGCUCGGCCCUGCAGCAGCAGCGUCUCAAGGAGAUGUUUGGCUCUGGCACUGCCUGCAGGAUCUGCCCUGUGGGAAGCGUCGUGUACCAGGGAAAGCAUUUGGAGCUCCCCUGUCAGGAGAAGCAUUCGCUGUCUUCCAGGAUUGCGACAGAACUUGCAGAUAUACAGCACGGCCGCUCUCCGAGUGACUGGACUUACCUCGUGUAGCAGCGAUGGACAACCUUGGAUUGACCUGCGACAAAAAAAACACCAAAAUCAGACUGAUCUUCACCGGUCAUGAGGAAUAA